AUGGCAUCACAAUGUCAAUUUUACGUAUUACGGAAAAAACGGCUUUGUCGCAUGACAGUACGACCUGGGAAACAAUUCUGUGGUGAACAUGAACCUCACCCAAUGACUGAUGAUGGUCAAGAUGACCCUCGUAUUCCAUGUCCAAAUGAUCCAAAACACACAUGCUAUGCAAGCAAACUACAAAAACAUCUCUCGAUCUGCAAUGCACGUCAACGUGAGGAGCCAGAAUACAUAGUUAGAAAUAUCAAUGUGUCUCCAAUGACUGAUGUGAGUACAAGGCGACCUCUAAAUGAAUACGCCCCAUAUGAAAUACAUAAAGUUAUUGAUAAAGUCAACUUACUGUAUAACGAUCAUGUGGCGGGUAAUAUUGAGACCAUCCCUGAAAAGCCAAUACAUGAAACAGUAUUAGAGGAGUUUUCCACUCCUGGACGGACUGAGAGUUCUUUACGACAUUUAAGACAAGCUUCUAGUAUACUGUAUUUGGUUGAGGCUGCUGGACUGGUGCAUGAUAAGACUUGUUAUGUGGAAUUAGGUGCUGGAAAAGGUCAACUAUCGUUUUAUGCUUCUAAUGCUUGGUGCAAUGAAACUAAUGGAAGCUGCGUGCUCUUAAUCGACCGUGCCUCUCUUCGCCACAAGCGUGACAACAAGCUGCGCUCGCAGCCCGGCGUUGCUCGUCGACUGCGAGCAGACUUGGCCCACUUAGUACUGGACAAGGCUCCUGGCGUGCUGGAGUGCGAUAGUGUUGUGGGACUGGCGAAACAUUUGUGUGGAGUCGCCACCGACUAUGCGCUGCGAAGCGUGGUGGGACACUCGUGCAGCAAAACAGUGGGGGUGGUAAUGGCCACGUGUUGCCACCAUCGGUGCGAGAUAAAUGCGUAUGUCGGAGAAUUGCAGGAAUUAGGCAUAUCCAGCGAUGAAUUCAACAUAAUGUUGGGCAUCGUGUCGUGGGCGACAUGCGGUGACGGUCGCAGUCGAGAGCAACGGAAAAAUGACACGCAACUUGACCUUCAAACCAACAAAUAUUUAUCCGGCUCGAAGGACCACCAGGGAGGAGUUACGGAAUAUGAUGCAAACAACGAAACUAUGGACUAUUUGAAAGUAGCUGUAGAUACUGACACAAAGCAACAAGAAAAUAGCCAAAAUGUCUAUAAUUUGUGCGAUGAUAACGAAAGGAAAGUCUUUCGGCCGGAAACAAAAGUAGAUCAAAAAGAUCGUGAAAACAAAUCUGAAAUGAAUAUUAAUCAAGAGACUGACUUGGAUGAUAUUUCGAAAAAAAGUGUAAACCUAGAUCAAAAAUCGAAAGAGCUUGUUGGACGACGUGCCAAGGCUUUGUUAGAUUGGGGCAGAGUUCUUUUCCUCAGAAAGCAUGGCUUUGUGGCUCACUUGUGCUACUUUGUGCCACAAGUUGUCUCGUUAGAAAAUAUUUGCAUCGUAGCUACAAAGUAUGCUUAA